GAUCUUGGUUGCAUCUGUUUAUUGGCUAGGUAUUUCACCCUCAUCCUUGCAUCUGCUUCAAGGUUGCAUCUGUUUAUUUCAGGUAGGAUGCUCUCGCAUGAACUUGUGAACAACAUUCUUGGAGUGACUGAGUAAGCUUGGCGAACUUCCCUGACCAAUCAAAGCGUGAUCCGACCCAGAGGAGAUUGCGAAGGCCUUAGAAAUCAGCGGCGAGCGCAGCCUCAUCGACAACUUCUUCUCCUACCACGUGUAAUAAUCACGCGUGAUCCGGCCCAGAGGAGAUUCCGAAGGUCUUGGAAAUCAGCGGCGAGCGCAACCUCAUCGACAACUUCUCCUACCACGUGUAAUAAUCACGGUACACAAGUUUGAUUCAAACCUAAAAUGCAUUGUUAUGUUUAUGCUUUGUAUUUUUAUUAUGAAGUUUUGAUUUAUUUCCGUUGCAUGGUUUUGAUUUAUUUCAUGAUUAAGAAAGCAUAUUUCAUGUUAUAAACCUCAAAUCUAUGUUUUUUUGGUUUAUUUUUCUACUUUGUUUCAUACUUCCUUCAAAUGUGGAGAUUUACAUGGCUUUUUUUAUAUUUUGAUUUAUUUCAAACAUAUUUGUAACUAUGAUCAAUACUGUAAGAUCAAUGGCACCAUCUACACUUAACCAACAUAGGUCGGUUGCAGCCCUACAUCACGUCCCUACAAAGUUUCCUUUCGUGUUAUUUGAUGACGUUGAGAGCGAUGACUUACCAAAAUUUAAGAGUAUCGUAGCCAGAAUCGUUGUUAAGUUCCCUAGACGUCAUGACAGCCAACAUUUUAUUCUACAAGACAUCACUGGGUCAAAAAUAGAAGCAAUUUCAUACCGCGAUAAUGUCCAAAGAUUUGACACCUUACUCCAACAAGGAUCUACAUAUACAUUAUAUGGAGUGGCGUUCUAUGUAAGCUGGGGGCCGUAUCUAUUUCGGAAUUUCGGACAUAGGCUAGAAUUGACCUUGGCAUCUCGGACUGUUGUGGAACCAUUCCACUUGCCAAUUCAGUUCCCGUCUUAUCCAAAACAUCUUAUGCCAUUUCAUGAGGUCCUCCAACAACCUCAUAAGAGGUUUAUAGAUGUAAUAGGAAUUGUCAUUCAUUUGGCGCCGUUAGAGCACAUCGGUGGAAGGCCGUACAGAGAGGCCAUACUAAUGGAUUCCAGGUGGGAUAUAAUCGUCGUGGGUAUAUGGCCUGAACUGUUGCAAAGAAAUGCUCUACGGUGGGUGUUAGCUAGAGAAAACAAGAGCAUAAUUAUCGGAACUAUGCUGCGUCGUAACAAGCUACACAGAUGCUUGCAAACCUCGGACCAUAGCACUGUUGAAUUCGAUCCAGAUCAUCACACCACACAACGGUUGCAGACAAUUCGGCGCUCCAUGAUCCAAAAUCCGAGGAGUGCUUUAAUCAACAAUUAUCUAGAGAGGAGACGUGCUUAUCUGGCAACAGUGGUUCUGGAUGUGUAGUGUGAUAGCUUGUUACAUUAUAGGAUUUGAAGUUAUGUAUCAACUAAAGAUGGUCACAAUUAUUUGUAUUUCGCCGCUUAUGUAUUACAAACCGGCUCUUUGCUCUGUUGAAUUCGAUACGUAUAAUGUUAUCAAACCAUCGCAGUCAGAAAUAAAUUCUGUUAUCAUUCCUUGUAAGAUCUCAAAAAACAGCAAUAAAGCAUGAG